AUGUUGGUGCUCUGCCUGCUCGCUGCCGUGUGGCUCGGGGCCAGUCCGAGCCGUGCGCAGAACGAAACGGAGCCCAUAGUCCUGGAGGGGAAGUGCCUCGUGGUGUGCGACUCCAACCCCGCCGCCGACCCCACGGGCACGGCGCUGGGCAUCUCCGUGCGCUCGGGCAGCGCCAAAGUGGCCUUCUCCGCGGUGCGCAACACCAACCACGAACCCUCCGAGAUGAGCAACCGCACUAUGGUCAUCUACUUUGACCGGGUCCUUGUAAACGUUGGCAAAAGCUUUGAUGAUGAGAGGAGUAAUUUCAUCGCACCACGCAAAGGGAUUUACAGUUUUAACUUCCACGUCGUCAAAGUCUACAACCGCCAAACCAUACAGGUGAGCCUGAUGCACAAUGGCUGGCCGGUGAUCUCAGCCUUCGCCGGAGACCAGGACGUGACGCGUGAAGCAGCCAGUAACGGCGUUUUGAUCCAGAUGGAGAAGGGCGACCGGGCCUACCUCAAACUGGAGAGGGGGAACCUGAUGGGAGGCUGGAAGUACUCCACCUUCUCGGGUUUUCUGGUGUUCCCCAUGUAA